AUGGGGUACAAAACUCUGUGCUUCGGAUUCUCUUGUGUUCUAUUUGCCUACUCUGUUUAUUCUCCUGUUCCAGAGAAUAUUGAAGAACCCUGGAAAGUGAGAUUCAUAGAUGCUGUCAUAAAAAUGACUUCACUUGUGGCCACAUUAUUUGAAAACAUAGGUCUUAUGAACUAUGAAGAAGUAUUUUUGACUGUAGCAGCACUUCAAUUUACAGAACCAGUUUCAGAUGAAAACAUUACAGUGGUUGACACAAACUUUAGUGACAUUCCUGUCCGUCUGUACUUGCCAAAAAGGAAGUCUGAACAGAGACCAGCUAUAAUUUUCAUUCAUGGUGGUGCCUUUGUCUUGGGAAGUUGCAAGAUGUCAGCCUAUGAUGACCUGAACAGAUUGACAGCAAACAAGCUUGGUGCUGUUAUUGUGGGAAUAGACUACAGACUUGCUCCUCAGUAUCAAUUCCCAGCUGCCCUUGAAGACUGUGUUUUUGUGACCAAGUUCUUUCUCCAAGAUAAGGUUCUUGCAAAAUAUGGAGUGGAUCCCUCUCGUAUCUGUAUUAUGGGAGACAGUUCUGGGGGCACCUUAGUAGCAGCAGUGAUUCAACUGUUACAGAAUGAUCCAGAUUUCAAAGACAGAAUUAAGGCACAAGCUUUGAUAUACCCUGGACUACAAGCGCUUGAUACUUCUCUGCCAUCACAUCGAAAGUAUGAACAUGGUCCAAUUGUGUCCAGGGAGAUGAUAAUUAAGUUGGCAAGCUUGUAUGUGACUGAAGACAAAACUCUGCUCCGGGCCUUACUAAGAAAUGAGCACAUGCCACCAGGGUCAAGAGACCUGUUCAAGUUUGUUAACUGGAGUGACUUCCUUCCUGAGAAAUACAAAAAGAACUAUGUUUACAGGGAGCCUGUCCUUGGAAAACUAAAUGCUACUUAUCCAGCACUUGUGGAUAACAGAAUGUCACCUUUGAUAGCCAAUGACUCCCAGUUACAGGGAUUGCCAUUAACUUAUGUCAUCACAUGUGAACAUGAUCUCGUAAGAGACGAUAGUCUCAUUUACAUCACACGGCUUAGAAAUGUUGGAGUCCAAGUUACUCAUGACCAUUUGGAGGAAGGAGUCCAUGGAGCCCUAUCCUUUACUGGAGCUCCGGUGUUUUUACAUUUAGGAUUAAGAAUAAGAGACAAGUAUAUUAGUUGGUUAGAAGAAAAUCUAUAA